UGUUUUUCCAUUUCCGCCCGAUAUUUGCUGUUAUGUGUCGGCGAUGAACUUUUCCGACGGAGUCGGGGACGGUGGGAAAACUCGGCUAUGGAAAAGGAAGAAGAGGAUCGGAGAAGAGAAGCAGCAAUCGCAUCAACGCCUUGUCUACGGCCCAAUUUCGCAGCCAGAGGACUCACUUCCGAACAGCUUUUAAGAUUCCGAGAACUGCACAGGAGGCGCUUACAGAUAAAAUCAAAGUCAAAGAAUAAUGCAAAAGCCAAAGGUGAUGCCAAAACAUCCAAAGUCAAUGACUUCAGCAUCCAAGACUCUGAAGUUUCAAAUGUUGAUAGCAAGGAGCCGAGUCUUUUGAAUUGUGAAGUCUAUGAUAACAAAAAGGAAUCCUCCAUAGAGCAGGAUAAUGUAUCUAUGAAUUACACAUCAAAGAAGCGACAGAAAUUGCAUUGGGGGCUUGAUACUAAGGAGAGAUGGGAAAGGAAAUCCAACAUGUAAUAUGUAGACAUAUCACCAUGGAACUGGACUGAGGAAUCCUUGAAGUUAGAGCUUUGAUGGAAGCCAUGGAGCUUAUAGAAGUGAUGGUGUUGCAUAUGCAAUGCAUAUGAAGGAAACAGUUGUCCAUGUUCUUGGAUUUAUGGUAUCCUACCAUACUGUAAUUGUCCAUGUUCUUGUACCCUUUUUUGGUAUUUAUAAUGUGUAUAAGACGGAAGAUUUUGAAUUGGAUAUUCGUCAGAAAGGACUUGGAUCACCAUGGGGAGAUACUAACUGCCCCUAUGUGAAAGUUUUUCUUGACUUCACGUUGACA